AUGAAGCUCAUCGUCGUCGGAGCCAGCGGCUUCGUAGGCCAAGAAGUCGUCCGCCAAGCCCUCACCAACCCGACCAUAACCUCCGUCGUGGGCCUUGCCCGGCGCGAGACCUCCGUCCCGGAGAGCCUCAAGGGCUCCAGCGACGCAGAAAAGUUCACCUCUGUCGUGGUCGACGACUUUCUGAAUUAUUCAGACACUGUCAAGAAACAUCUUGCAAACGCCGAUGCCUGCAUCUGGCUGAUGGCUGUAACUCCGAAUAACUCCGCGUCAAUGCCCUGGGACGAGGUCCGCAAGAUCUGUCUGGAUUACACCAUCUACGGACUGGAGCAGCUCUCCAAAGCUUCGAGAAAGGAUGCGUCGAAGCCACUCCAUUUCGUCUACGUCAGUGGUGCCAUUGCUCAGCGCGAUCCAGCCAAGAAGCCGUGGAUGAUGGGCGACUACGGUCUUUUGAGAGGAGAGGUCGAAACUCGAAUCCUGGACUUUGCCCAAAAGGCCAACGGUGCCAUCGAAGUCUGCAUCCUCAAACCGGGCUUCAUCCGAGAUGCUAAGAAUGGCAACGGCCUGCUAAACCUCUUUCAGGGCGUCUUGAACACCAUCGGUCUCCCCAUUGUUUGGCUGCAUGAUGUCGUCGCGACGUUGCUCUCUCAGGCAACGGAGGAGAUUGAGAAGGAUACGCUGGAAUGGCCCGACAUUGUCAGGAUUGGAAGCAGCAAGAAGCAGAAAACUUGA